UGUUUAGGUCCACGCCAUUCCGUAGUUUCAUGUCGCAUGUCAACUAGAUGCCGAAUAUGUUCCAGGAAACAUCAUUCUCUACUUCAUUCCAAUUCAGCAGUCCCGUCGAUUGAUGACUCAAGCGAUACAAAUACCAAUCAAUCGGAUGGGGCCGAAGCUGUGUCCUCAGUAGUCAUACAAGGCGAUUCCAAUGAUGUUGUAGUAGGCUGUUGCUCUAAAGCUCAAUCUCAGGUAUUGCUGGCAACUGCUUUAGUUAAAAUUCAAUCUCGAACAGGAGCAAACAUUACUUUUAGGUCAAUGUUAGACCAGGGUUCACAGGCUUCGUUUAUAACAGAGUCUGCAGUUCAAUUACUUGGACUGAAGAAAAUUGCAAGCAAAAGUAAUGUUUCGGUAUUAGGAAGUGACAGGAGCCCUUCAGUGGUUUCUAAGUAUAUAGUUUUUAUCCAAUUGCAAUCACUUCUUGAUACCAAUUUUGUUGUUCGAGUAAAAGCUCAUGUGUUAGACAAACUGACCAACUGUCUUCCUAGUAAGAAAGUGGCAGUUCAAUUGUGUCCAAAGUUUACACAAUUGUCGUUGGCUGACCCUACCUUUGCUACUCCCAAUAAAAUUGAUCUUUUGCUCAGUGCAAAGGUGUACAGUCAAAUUAUAAAGCAGGGCCUAGUUAAAGAUUCUAACAGUUGCCUUAUAGCGCAAAAUACAUCUCUGGGAUGGAUAAUAUCCGGAGAAACUGAUGAAGGUGAAGAUGUUGGGACGAUUAUUUGUAAUACAAAUGUAACUAUGCAUGUUCAGAUAGAAGAAGAUGAUAAGCUUUUGAGGAAAUUUUGGGAAAUAGAAGCCGAACCUUCGUUAGUUAAAGCAAAGAAACAUUUAACGGAAGAGGAACAGCUAUGUGAAUCAAUAUAUUCAAGCACGACUAAAAGGGAUUCUUUUGGUCGUUAUAUAGUGAAGCUGCCAUUCAAAGAAUACAGUCCACAAUGCUUAAAUGGAAACUCAAAAGAAAUAGCACUUAGAAGAUUAUAUUCAUUAGAACGUAAAUUAGACAAGGAGAAAGAUUUGAAAGAAAAAUAUGCAGAGGUAUUUGCUGAAUAUCUCAGUCUAAAUCAUAUGGAGAUUAUUCCACCUGAAGAACAUAAAAGCUCCAAAGGUUUUUAUUUACCACAUUUUGCUGUGGUGCGCAACGAUAGAAGUACAACAAAAGUACGUAUUGUCUUUGACGCAUCGUGCCCAGGAUCCAACGGUGUUUCUUUAAAUCAAGAUUUGUUGGUUGGUCCCACAUUACAGGAUGACUUGAGACAUAUUUUAAUGAGAUGGCGGGCACAUCCUGUAUGUAUUUCUUCUGAUAUUGUGAAGAUGUAUCGUCAAGUUCGUGUAUCUUCAGAAGAUGUUGAUUUUCAGCGUAUUCUUUGGCGUGAAGAUUCUGCUUCUGAGGUGCAACAUUAUCGACUUUUGACAGUUACAUUUGGUACAUCGUCAGCUCCAUAUUUAGCAAUUCGCUCAUUACGUCAAGUAGCUUAUGACGAGGGUGUUCAUUUCCCAAUAGCUGCAAAAAAAGUGUUGUCAGACUUUUAUGUUGAUGAUUUGAUGUCAGGAUGUGAAAAUUUUAUAGAAGGUCAACAGCUAUAUACUGAAAUGAAACAAUUGCUUAGAAAAGGAGGGUUUGAAUUACAAAAGUGGACAAGCAAUGAUAAAAAUCUAAUGAAGUGGAUAGAAAACGAAGAAAAACUUGGAGAUAAAAGUAUGAAAGAGCAAAUAAAAGAUAAUAGAAACAGUGAAGACAAUGAUAAUAGAAUUGCAGAGCAAGAGUCUAAGACAGAAACACCAAAGUUUGUUGAUAAAUCUGAUUCGAUUACUAAAAUAUUGGGUCUUACGUGGGACAAAUGUAACGAUACAUUUAAAUAUUUAGUGCAGUUGCCGACAAUUGAAGAGCCAAUCACGAAACGGAAAGUGAUCUCAGAUAUAUCACGUCUCUAUGAUCCAUUAGGUUGGCUUGCUCCAAUUGUAAUAAAAGCUAAGAUUUUUAUUCAAAAACUAUGGACAUCAGGUUUGAAAUGGGAUGAAAAACUUACGCCUCAAUUACUAACCGAAUGGGUCGCAUAUAGAAACGAGCUUUUAUUAAUAAAAAGUUUCGAGAUACCCCGAUGGAUGAACACUCGAAAGGAUGAUACUUCUGUUCAGCUUCAUGGAUUUUGCGAUGCAUCGAGUGAAGCAUAUGCCGCAGUUGUCUAUAUCCGUGUUAUUGAUAAAUGUAGUAAUAUUAAUGUAAACCUUGUUACUUCUAAAACAAAAGUAGCUCCUAUCAAACAACUGUCAAUACCCCGAUUAGAACUUUGUGGGGCAACAAUACUUUCUAAAUUAUUAAUAGAGGUAGCUGAUAUUUUAGGUAUUCCAAAGCAACACAUUCAUGCGUGGAGUGAUUCUUCAGUUGUACUUGCAUGGCUUAGUAGCCAUCCAAGCCGGUGGAAAGUAUUCGUCGCUAACCGUGUAGCAGAGAUUUUAGGAAGUUUAGACAGAUCUCAAUGGUCUCAUGUCCAAUCAAAAUAUAAUCCUGCGGAUAUUGCAUCGCGUGGAAUUAUGCCGUCUGACAUUUCAAAAAUGAGACUGUGGAAGCAAGGACCAGAUUUUUUGAGAAAGGUAGUCAUAAAUUACAAUGGAGAUGAUAUAACAUAUGAUACAAAUACAGAAGAAAAAGGUAAUAAAAUAUGUCAAGUAUUAACAAGUAUAGAUGAUGAUGUUAUUAUAUGGGAAAGAUUCUCAUCAUUAAGGAGACUUCUAAGAGUUAUAUCGUGGUGCAGGCGAUUUAUUUUGAAAAGCAUUAAUAAAACCAAUGAAGGUUCUCAAUGGCUAACUAAUGUAGAAUUACAACAAACAUUACAUAUAUACGUAAAGCAAUGCCAAGUUCGAAGUUUUUAUGAAGAUAUUGAAAGUAUAACUAAAGGAGGAACAGUUAAAACAAAAAGCAAACUUAAACCGUUAAAUCCUUACCUUGACGAUGAUGGACUUUUACGUGUUGGUGGGCGGUUGGAUAGAACAGCUACUUUCUUGAACGUAAAUAAAAGACAUCCAAUCAUUCUUCCGGCUAAAGCUCAUUUAACAAACUUAAUUAUAAAGGAUACGCACGAACGAACUAUUCACGGGGGUAUUCAAAUUAUGAUCAAUCAUCUUAGAACAAAAUACUGGGUUAUUGACGCUAAAAACCAAGUAAAGCAUUAUAUUCGCAAUUGUGUUAUUUGUAUUCGAUAUGCAAGUCAACGUAGAGAGCAACUGAUGGGACAAUUGCCAACAGCCAGAGUUACACCAAUGAGACCUUUCAAAAGAAGUGGCGUCGACUAUGCUGGUCCUAUUGCUAUAAGAACGUCCAAAGGGCGUGGUCAUCAUGCAUAUAAAGGGUAUAUUUGUUUAUUCAUCUGCAUGGUGACUAGAGCAAUCCAUCUAGAAGUAGUAAGUGACCUUACUGCUCAAGGAUUCAUUGCUGCCUUUAAAAGAUUUGUAGCUAGAAGAGGACAUUGCGCAGAGCUUUUUAGUGAUAAUGGUACAAAUUUUGUGGGUGCAGAACGUGAAUUGAAGUCCUUAUUAUUUGCAGAAAAGUCUAGAUUACUGCCAGAAAUAGCGGAUUGGUUAUCUACAAAUGGUACUGAAUGGCAUUUUAUCCCACCGCAUUCCCCCAACUUUGGAGGACUAUGGGAGGCUGGCGUAAAAUCCACUAAAUAUCACCUUAGACGGAUAAUCGGAACUUCUACACUUACUUUUGAAGAAAUGAGCACUCUCUUAUCUCAAAUUGAGGCUUGUCUUAAUUCGCGUCCAUUAUCAAGCUUAAGCUCAUCGGCUGAUGAUCCCGAGCCUUUAACACCAGGUCACUUCUUGAUUGGGGAGCCAUUAGUACUUGUACCAGAUGCAAACUAUGAAACGUCAAACAUGAGUAGCUUGAAACGAUGGCAGUUUAUGCAACGCAUGGUACAAGAUUUUUGGCGAAGGUGGUCUCAGGAGUAUCUUACACAAUUUUUACAUCGGUACAAAUGGAGUUAUCAAACGCCAGAACCAAAUAUUGGUGAUAUAGUACUAGUAAAGGAAGAUGAUCUUCCCCCUGCGAGAUGGUUGUAUGGAGUUAUAACUCAAAAGCACCCUGGGUUGGAUAAGAUUACGCGUGUUGUUACUUUAAAAUGUAAAGGGAAUAUAAUUAAAAGACCCGUCUCAAAGUUGUGUAUUUUACCUAUAGCUAAAUAG